CAUGGCCGACGCAACUACCACUCCGGCUAAGCCCUCGUUCCACCCGGCCCUCGCGGUCUCCAAUAUCAAGAAUCACAUCUCUGUUACUCUUGAGAUGGAGAACUCACAAUACGGAACAUGGGCCGAGCUUUUCAAGAUUCAUGCUCGUUCUCACAAGGUCCUUCAUCACAUCAUUCCUCCACCCACAGGUAAGGAGAAGUUGGCUCCCAAAACUGAUGAGGAAGUCGAAUUAUGGACGACCAUUGACGCCACCGUGCUUCAAUGGAUUUAUUCGACAAUUUCGAAUGAUCUGUUAAACACCAUCAUUGAACCAGACGCUACUGCCAUGGACGCUUGGGUUCGCUUGCGUGAUAUAUUCCAAGAUCAUCAAAACUCUCGUGCGGUGACUCUUGAACAAGAAUUCACGACGACUCGUAUGGAGGAUUUUCCCAAUGCCUCCGCCUAUUGUCAAUGUCUAAAGAGCCUUGCGAAUCAACUGAAAAACGUCGGGGCUCCCGUGACGAAUAGCCGCCUUGUCCUUCAACUGGUUUCGGGUUUCACUGAAGCGUACAAAGGGGUUGGGACAUAA